GGAUUCAAGGUACUGUUCACAAUAUGACAAGUCCUGUUUCCUUAAGCUCUUGUCUCUGAAACAAGCCUGACAGAAGAUUAAAUGGGACAGGGCAACAAUGUCACUGAAUUUGUCCUCCUGGGGCUCACUCAGGAUCCUGUGGGGCAAAAAGCAUUAUUUGUCCUGUUCUUACUCAUCUACAUUGUGACCAUGGUGGGUAACCUGCUCAUUUUGGGGACAGUUGUUGCCAGCCCCUCCCUGGAUUCUCCAAUGUACUUCUUCCUUGCCUAUCUGUCACUCAUGGAUGCUGUGUAUUCUACUGCCAUCCUGCCCAAGUUGCUUACAGACUUACUUUGUGACAAAAAGACAAUCUCCUUCACUGCUUGCCUCAUUCAGCUCUUUGUAGAGCACUUAUUUGGUGGUGCUGAGGUCUUCCUUCUGGUGGUGAUGGCCUAUGAUCGCUAUGUGGCCAUCUGUAAGCCACUGCACUAUUUGACCAUCAUGAAUCGACGGGUUUGCAUCCUCCUGUUGGUGGUGGCCUGGGUUGGAGGGUUUGCUCAUGCUCUGAUGCAAGUUCUUUCUGUGUAUAUACUUCCUUUCUGUGGGCCCAAUAUCAUUGACCAUUUUGCUUGUGACAUGUACCCAUUAUUGGGACUGGCAUGCACUGACACCUACUUCAUUGGCCUCACUGUCAUUGGCAAUAAUGGAGCCAUGUCUGUAGUGGUCUUUAUUCUCCUUCUUUUCUCUUAUGGAAUAAUUCUAAACUCUAUGAAGACUCACAGUCAGGAAGGGAGGCACAAGGCCCUGUCUACCUGCAGCUCCCACAUCAUGGUGGUUGUCCUCUUCUUUGUUCCCUGUAUUUUUAUGUACGUUAGACCUGUCUCCAACUUUCCUAUUGAUAAAUUCAUUACUGUGUUUUAUACAAUUUUUACUCCUAUGUUGAAUCCUUUAAUAUAUACCCUGAGAAAUUUGGAAAUAAAAAAUUCUAUGGAAAAGCUGUGGAGUAAAAUACUAAGUACAGACAGAAUGAGAAUUUCUUCUCAAUGA